AAGAAUGGCAUCUCAGCUGGACAUGCCUUCCGAGGCAGACUAUGUGAUUGUCGGAGGGGGGGGGCAUCCGGGCUAGUGCUCGCCGCUCGAUUGUCCGAGGGAAAUGCCACCCACUCUGUUAUCGUUCUGGAGGCUGGCAAGAACCUCGUCCAGGAUCCUCGUGUUCAGACCCCUGCCCUCUGGACCACUCUAAUGGGGUCUGAAGCGGAUUGGCAGUUUGAAUCCACGCCGCAGGCUGGCCUAGGCGACCGAGUCAUCAAGGAACCUCAGGGCAAGCUGCUCGGUGGCUCAUCUGGCAUCAAUGGCCAGGCCUUUGUAGCACCCACGAAGGCGGGAAUUGAUGGCUGGGCCAAGCUCGGCGCCACCAGUUGGACCUGGGAAACUCUCUCCCCGUACGAUAAAAAGGCCUACAUGCUACAGCUUCCAGAUGAAGCCACUCGUGACCAUAUCGGGAUAAGCUGGGUUGACCCGAAGGUGAAUGGAGACUCGGGUCCGAUCAAGGUCUCUUUCCCCGCUGUGCGACAAGAUCCGCUCUCUAAGGCCUGGGUUGACACCUUUCACGAGAUGGGAUAUGGAGUCACAGCUGAUCCUUUCUCGGGUGUGUCUAUUGGCGGUUACUCCAACCUGGCGGCCGUCGAUGCAGAGACAAAGACACGGAGUUAUGCAGCUACCGGGUAUGGUCUCCCAGCUAUGCAGCGACCAAGCGUUCGUAUUAUCACAAAUGCAGUCGCUCGUCGAAUCAUUCUUUCCCAGGAAGAUUCGAGAGCAACGGCUACCGGGGUGGAAGCGAAUGUCGAAGGGCAAACGAUCGUCAUUAAAGCCAAGAAGGAGGUCAUUCUUACUGCCGGCGCUCUCAACACUCCGAAACUGCUUGAACUGUCUGGAAUCGGAAACAGAGCUAUUCUCGGCCAAUUCAGUAUCCCUGUAGUGAUCGAAAACCCCAAUGUCGGUGAGAAUCUCCAGGACCAUCUCAUGAGUGGCAUCAGUUUCGAGGUGAAGCCGGGGGUUAUGACCGGUGAUCCACUGCUGCGACAGGAACCAGGCGCGAUUCAGACUGCGAUGCAACUCUAUGCAGAGCACAAAGAAGGACCCAUGACCGUAGGAGGCGUGCAGUCCUGUGGCUAUAUGCCUAUCAUUGACUAUCACGGGCAACAGGAAGCUAAGCGGGCCCAUCUCGAUAGUUUCCUCGGCCACCCAGAUGAUCGGGAUCGGGUGAUCCGAGACAUUUACGCGGAGAGGGAUGCACCAAUCUGCUCGAUGUUUAUGUUCCUUGCUCAGGCGAACCUUCAUCAAACCGGCAAGAGCUUCGUUGGCCAGGAGCUCAUGCCUGGAAACUUUCUAAGCUUGGGCCUCUCCCAAAGUCUUCCCUUCUCUCGCGGAACAGUGCACAUUGCCUCUUCGGACCCUGACGGGCCCCCGAUAAUCGAUCCUCACUACUUCUCAAACCCAUUAGACUUGGAUCUCAUGGCCCGUAAUCUAUUGGACAUGGAACGACUCCACGUUCUAAAGCCUAUUUCCGAAUAUCUGGUGGUCGACGGGCAACGGAAUCACCCCGACGCUUUCCUCACAGAUCUUGAAUCCGCAAAGAAGUAUCUCCGCCAUACAGCCACUACUACCUACCAUUCCAGUGGUACAGCGGCUAUGCUUCCUCGGGAGAAAGGAGGGGUGGUAGAUGAGAAUUUGCGUGUCUAUGGAACCACGAACCUGCGUGUCUGUGAUGCCAGUAUCUUUCCUCUGAUUCCCGCAGCAAAUAUCAUGUCUACGGUGUAUGCGGUGGCAGAGAGAGCAGCGGAUAUUAUCAGAACUGGUGCAUGA